AGUGCUUUUUGGAAGCUACAUUUUGAUCAGAAAAAAAAAAAUGUUUAGUUUUUCGGAUGCCGAUAUGUUUUCCCGCCGGUGUGUUUGGGUGAACGGCCCGGUAAUCGUCGGCGCCGGACCUUCAGGCCUGGCGGUGGCCGCCGGCCUGAAGCAGCAAGGCGUGCCGUUCGUGAUUCUCGAGAGAGCGGACUGCGUCGCUUCUCUGUGGCAGAAGCGGACGUAUGACCGGCUGAAGCUUCACCUGCCGAAGAAAUUCUGCCAGCUGCCGGAAUAUCCAUUCCCCGACCACUACCCGGAGUACCCUUCUAAGAGGCAAUUCAUCGAAUACCUUGAGUCCUACGCCGCGAACUUCGACAUCAGCCCGCAGUUCAACGAGUGCGUUCAGUCGGCCAAGUACGACGAGGCGUGCCGUCUCUGGAGGAUCAGAACCGUCUGCCGGGGCGGCUCUGAGGUGGAGUACAUCUGCCAGUGGCUGGUGGUGGCCACCGGAGAAAACGCCGAGGGGGUGGUGCCGGAGAUUGACGGGUUGAAGGAGUUCGGCGGCGAGGUUAUCCACGCCUCCGAUUACAAAUCCGGCGAGAGUUUCAGGGGUAAAAAAGUCCUCGUCGUCGGAUGCGGCAACUCCGGCAUGGAAGUCUCUCUCGAUCUCUGCAACUAUGGCGCCAAACCUUCCAUGGUUGUUCGCAGCUCGGUUCAUGUUUUGCCGAGAGAGGUAUUCGGAAAAUCGACAUUCGAGGUAGCAAUCUUCUUGCUAAAAUGGCUACCACUAUGGCUGGUGGACAAAGUUCUGCUCUUUCUAGCAUGGACAGUCCUCGGAAAAACGGAGAAUUACGGGCUGAAACGGCCCUCCGUCGGCCCGUUCGAGCUAAAAAAUACUCAAGGAAAAACCCCUGUUCUAGACAUCGGUGCACUCGAAAGGAUUCGAUCAGGCGAAAUCCAAGUAGUGCCCGCAAUCAAAAAAUUCUCGUGCGGUAACGUCGAGCUCGUCAACGGGGAAAACCUCGAAAUCGACGCGGUUGUUUUAGCCACCGGAUAUUGCAGCAAUGUACCUUAUUGGCUACAGGAGAGCGAAUUCUUCUCGAAGAACGGAUUCCCGAAAUCACCAUUUCCGAAUGCAUGGAAAGGGAAAGCCGGUCUAUAUGCCGUCGGAUUCACAAGGAGAGGGCUGUCUGGUGUUUCUGCAGAUGCUGUCCAAAUAUCACAAGACAUUGCAAUGAUUUGGAAAGAUGAUUUGAAGCAGAAGAAGCAAAAAGUCCCGAAUCACCGAAGAUGCAUUUCGACUUUCUGAUCGAAAAAAAUUUCGAGUUUUUUUUUUUUUUUUUUUGCUUCUUUUAUUCUUUCCUUAAUUUUAUUUUUCUUACCCAACAACAAAAAUGUAAAGAUACAGAAAAAAAAAAUGAAAAGCAAAAGGAGAUGAUAUAGCAUAUGUUAGAGAUCAGCCCCUCUCAAAAAGCCCAAGAGUUUUCAAGAAUUGGGCAUUUUGUAUACUUGA